UCUCGUGGGAUUGGUAUUGCAUGUGAAGAGUUCAGGUUCCAUGUGACACGCCACCUCAGGAACGCGGGUCCCGCAACAGCCAACAUUGGAAAUAGAGUAUACACAGAGGUCCCUUUUGAACAAUCUACGAGUGGGAGGAUACAUGGUUUCUCAUUUGAAUCCAGGCCUCGAGUUCGAAUGCGGCGUAUUCGUCGGAAACUGCUCCACUGCUCAAUGCUUUCAGGAAGAUUGCACGUCGUAUUGUUCCAAAGUUAGACCACCCGGGCCAGCACCCUGAGUCUAUCGGAACAACCUCUGCAAAUUCUGUGCCCAAUAUCCACCGAAAGGCCCACCUGCCUCAAAUCAAGCGUUGAAUCCAUGCUCUCAUACCACUUUUGGAUUUUGUCGAGCCGCUAUUCAGUUAUUUGAAUUGCUCGGGCGGGUGCCGAUUCUAACAUCUAAAUGCCCAUUGCUUAAAGCCGAUUUUCAUCCAAUUGCGGAGGUUUUGAUAUAGGUCAUCGAAAAAACGUCGACGACCAUGACGUUCUACUCUGAAUUUCUCCCAAAUACCCGGUAGAUGAAGCUUCGGAUCAUAUACAGUCCAGGCUCGCUAACAAUUGGUGGUAUAUCCCAAUUUCUCCGCGCAUAAAAGGCGGGCUUCAUACAGCUUGGCAUCCCAGGUUCUCUUCCAGGUCCCAGUCCAGCUUGUAGCCUUUCAUCAGCUCGCGUUCACCACAAAAGAAAUGAAGUCAUCAUUCCUCUUGCUCACCGCUUUGGUUGGUGUCGUCGUUGCUACGCCUACGCCUCGCGCUGCUUGUACGAGCCCGGUCAAACUCUCAGGAAACCCGUUCCAAGGACGUACAUUACAUGCCAACAGCCGCUACGCCGGCGAAGUCAAUAAUGCUGUUGCCCAGAUCACUGACUCUACGUUGAAGGCUAAAGCGCAAAAGGUUGCAAGCGUUGGCACUUUCUUGUGGCUAGACACCAUCGCCUCGAUCAGCACGUUCGAAAAAUACCUCACGGAGACUCAAUGCAACGAAAUUUUCGGUGUCGUCAUUUACGAUUUACCCGGACGCGACUGUGCUGCCAAGGCAUCCAACGGUGAACUGGCUGCUGGUGAUGUCAGCACCUACCAGACCAAGUACAUCGAUCCUAUCGUUGCUAUUAUCAAGAAACACCCCGAAGUUGCAAUCGCAGCUAUUAUCGAACCUGAUUCACUUCCCAACCUUGUCACCAACUCCGGCCUUGCGACAUGCCAAGCUUCCGCCUCUGGAUACCGUCAGGGUGUUCAGUACGCUUUGAAGAAUUUGAAUUUGCCCAACGUGGCGAUGUACCUCGACGCCGGUCACGGUGGUUGGCUCGGAUGGGAUGCUAACCUUCAGCCCGGAGCUCAAGAACUGGCAAACGCCUACAAAGGGGCCGGCUCGCCCGCUUCCCUUCGCGGAUUCUCGACGAACGUCGCAGGAUGGAACGCAUGGUCCAAGGUCCCCGGUGAAUUUGAGAACACUUCCGACGGUCAAUACAACAAAGCUCAGGACGAGAACCGAUAUGUGAACCUCUUCGGUGCUGCCCUUGCUAGUGCAGGUAUGCCGAACCACGCUAUUGUGGAUACCGGUAGGAACGCUGUUCAGGGACUCCGUGACGCUUGGGGUGAUUGGUGUAACGUCGACGGUGCCGGCUUUGGUGUUAGGCCAACGACCAACACUGGAAACUCACUUGCUGAUGCAUUCGUAUGGGUUAAACCCGGUGGUGAAUCUGAUGGUACUAGUGACUCUUCCGCUCAACGUUACGAUUCCUUCUGCGGUCUUGCCGAUGCGUUCAAGCCGAGUCCGGAAGCUGGAACUUGGAACGAGGCGUUCUUCGAGAUGCUUCUCAAGAACGCUGUCCCGUCCUUCUAAAGCAGGGUUGCGGAUUUCAAUGUAACACCGAAUGCAUGAUUCACCCAUCAGUGUAAUAGUAUAUCUGAAUGCCUGCAAAUUAAUUCAUGACUCG